AUGUACUUGAGUUUUCAAAACAAGUCGUUUUGGGAAAACCUGCAUUUGAAAUAUGGCCUUGAGGACUGGGAUAUGGCAGAGGAGCUCAAACUCACCAUCACCGAUGAAGAGUUUCUGCCAGCUCCUGACGAGACCCCGUGCCGUCCCACACUGAAGUGGCAACCUGACCCGUCGGCACACGGGUGCUCGCUGCCAGGGGCGCUGCCAGAUGCCAGGGGACGCUUCUCCUUCUCCUUAGAACCUGGCAUUCAGUCCCAUCUGUGGAUGUGGGUAAACCCCAGCCUGGUCUGCCCCAUCGCCGGGAGCCCUGGCGUAGACCCGGCUGGAUCCGACAACCGGGUGGCCUCGGGCGCUGGUGACACAGAAGCCUCCUCUCCGAAUGCAUCCUGGGACUACUCUGACCCGGACUGCUCCGAGGAGGAUGUCCUGUCAUCAUCCUGCAGCGAGGUUGGAAAGAACAAAGCAGCUUAUCCCUGCCCCUCGUUCCGCCCAGGGCUAAUAUACCCACACCCUUUUUCUCCUUCCUCUCUGCAGCUUACUGAGGAUGAAGAUGCUUCGCGUGUGGACACCCCAGUUCCUCGGGAGAUGACGGAAACUCCCAAACUCAACGCAAUGCCGAUGCCUGGGAAAUCCACAGUCCUCAAACCUCAGAGAGUGAAGCUCAAGUACCCCAGGCAGAGGAGCACCAAAAUCGAGGGAGGCUGGCCCCGUCCCCCCCUUAAUUACUGCGUCCUCAUCACCCUCGCCCUGUGCAACAGCACAAGUGGCAGUCUGACCGUUCAGCAGAUCUACCAGUUCACACGGCAGCACUUCCCGUUUUUUCGAACGGCCCCAGAGGGCUGGAAAAACACAAUCCGACACAACCUGUGCUUCAGCAGCUGCUUUGAGAAAGCCACCGGCUUUGCGUGCAGCGAGGGAAACCGCAGGUCAUGCCUAUGGAGACUGACUCCAGAAGGACGCAGAAAGUUUCAGGAGGAAGCACAGGCUCUGCCCAAAGAGGCUCUCGACUUGGUGCGCCAAAGCAUGAGCGAACCAGGUACGUUUCAGAGGGCAGGAGCCCCCCAAAAUGCAGAGCAAGUCAGAUUUCACACGAUUCCCGUGGCGGGAGGGAUAUGGAUCUCGUGA